AUGGUGAAUCUCAGUCUCCUUCCCCCUCGUGUGGAGGUCUCCUGCAAAUCAUCGGCGAUGCUCGUGUCCAUCUUCUUGCCUCAACGCUCCUGGCUUCUGCCGCCCGAGCUGGUCGUCGCUGCGUUCUUCGAGGACGACUGCAUGAUGCUGAAUAUCCAACACCGUGUCCUAUCUGGAACGGAGGAGACCAAGAAAAUUUGUCGCCGCUACCAUCAUCCAGUGUUGCCCAUCAAAGUCACCGUGCUGGAAAGUCGUGGCCGCACUGCGAUUGCGAUGUCGGUGGAUUACGAUGCUGUAGAUGAUCUCUUCCCGAGUCUCAGCCGCUACCUUGGUUCGGGGACGACAGGAAAAAGAAGAAAUGAGCAAAUGGAGGAUGAGGAAGGAGGAUGCCUCAUUCAAGAGCUCAUCUGA